GUAGCCGCGCAUGUGCGAAUAAGGAUAAGGAUGGGGGGGAAAAUGAUGCCGGGAAGACUGCAAUUGUUGAAGAGAGGUGUAUAGAGAGGGGUUGAUUGAACCCCCAAAAUGGCAGCUCCAGGUUCUGAGCUACAGAGAUGAGGAGUCGCCGCCAGAUGUAUUAUUCUGCUGUCAUGCGUUUCUUCCUGAAGUGUUUGCGGAUAGGUCAGCGGCGCCGGUUCUGGCUGACCCAGCAAGUGGAACAACUGUGGCUAUAUGGGCAUCUCUGUUUGCGCUCUCUGUUUUACAAUUCUUUUGCUGAUAGCGACACAGCUCUUGAUGCCCUCUUUGAACCUAUAUACUGGCUGGUGGAUCAUGUCACUCGUUGGUUUGGAGUGGUAUUUGUGGCUCUGGUGAUAACACUGACCACUUCUGUGGUGGCCAUAGUGUACAUUUGCCUCCUUCCAACGAUUCUCCAGACCUAUUCUAUUCCCUGGAUCUUCUGGCAUAUUAUCUAUGGCCAUUGGAACCUUGUCAUGAUUGUUUUCCAUUACUACAUGGCUAUCACUACUCAGCCUGGUUAUCCACCACAGCACCCAAAGAAUGAUCUUGCUGCUGUGUCAAUAUGCAGGAAAUGCAUUGCGCCCAAACCUGCCCGAACCCACCACUGUAGCAUCUGCAACAGGUGUGUGUUGAAGAUGGACCAUCACUGCCCAUGGCUUAACAACUGUGUGGGACACUACAACCAUCGCUAUUUCUUCUCCUUCAUGCUUUUCAUGACCAUGGGCUGCAUCUACAGCAGUAUCAGUGGCUGGGACAUGUUCUGGGAAGCUUAUGCUGCCAUUGAGACUUACUCUCAGACACCACCACCCAUCUUUUCCUUCCGCCAGCGAGCUUUCCACAAGAGCAUAGUGUACGCCUGGGUCCUCUGCAGUUCAGUAGCCGUGGCAUUGGGUGCCCUCAUGCUCUGGCACUCGGCCCUCAUCACCCGUGGCGAGACCAGCAUCGAAAGGCACAUCAAUCGCAAAGAAAAAAAGAGGCUACAGAAAAAGGGCAAGAUAUUUCGAAAUCCAUACAGCUUUGGUCCACUGGGCAACUGGAAGAUUUUCCUGGGUAUCGAAAGACAGCGACACUGGAUCACUCGAGUUCUACUACCUUCCCCACAUCCCCCUUAUGGAUCUGGCUUGAGUUGGGAAACUCCUCCUUGUGUUGCUCAACAGAAGACGCCUCUUUUGGCGAUUUGAAUUGGAUGAAGAACUAAGUGUCCCAGCAGGUGGAAGACUUGAAACCACAGGCUUCUUUCAUUGGGAAGCAUAACAGAAGACACGGUCCCUAAACUGGCAGACCAACACAAUGGCAUAUCUGCAGCGAACUGCUCAUCCCACAGGAGGCUGGAGAACCUCCAGCUGCAGUCUGGGAUCUAUUGCCUGUGUCUGUUUUGUUUUGCACAUGGUCCAAUGGGGCUGGAGCAAACUAUUGAGAAGGGGCAAGUAGCUCUUUCCCUAACUCAAGGAAGUUAACUGGCGUAUUAGGUCUUGUUGCUCUUCCUGUAAGGACAGAUUUUUUUACCAUAAAAAUAAAUAUAUAUAAACAAUCGUCUCCUCUUUAGUGGGAAAGGAGCAGUGAAAAGAUUUAAAUACAAAACUGUUGGUUCAUAACUAACAUACUAUUUUUUUUAAAAAAAUAGUAAUUCUUUACUUUCAAUACUGAUUUCUGAUUCAAUGGUUAUUUCAAGCAACAAGCAACAUUGAUACUAAGGAACAUGUCCAUUAUCGAUAUCUAUCCAGGCUAUAUUCAACAAGUUGUUUUUCCUGUCAAUGGGACAAAUUAAUGUUUCAACAGCUACAACUCUAACAUGUGUGAUAUGUUUCUAUUACACACGUAACAAGGUUAUUUUAAGAGAGAGGAGUCUAGAGUUAUCCCUUUCCCCAACAAGCAGAAAUCUGCACUGGGUCUCACCUGAUUAAACCUUCACUAAUUUAGUACAGUAAUAAUCAGAACAUGGCACUAUUGGCUAGUAUCCCAACUCUUUUUGUAGCAACAAUUACACACCCCCGUUAGCCAGAAUGGUCUUGCAUUUCUCCAGCUAUUUAUCAGUAAAGCACCAGAAAAGCUGUUAGUUAUGUAGAGUAUUGAAACCAAAUAGUUGAGCAUUUAAGACUGGAGCCCUACAGUUUAUUAUUUGUUCUAUGUUCAAUGAACAGAACAUCCAAAAAUUAUUUUAUGAAAAAAAAAAGUUGAAAUGGUGUGGUCUUUUAAACUGAAUUUUUAAGCAGUCCUUCCUAGCUUUAUAUUCCAGCAAAUUUGACUCUUGUGAAGUGCAGCCUUUUCCUAAUAUUUACAAUAGUAUACAAUAUCAUGAUCACUGUGCAGUGAUCUAUUCUUACCCACUUUCUGUUGCAAUUCUGCUAUAUUGGUUAAUGAGAUGUCCUUCGACAGUACUAAAUCAAGGAAACCUGUUUCUUUAGUGUCUUUUAAGCAGGGCAGUAUCCCAGUGUUAAGGCUUUUCAAAAUUAGUCUGAAUAGGAAAUGCUUCAUAAAAAUCUAGGUGGCAUACUAGGUGGAAUACUAAACAGCACUAAUAAAGAAUAUAAGGGAUUAGAUGUUGCCAAUUUUACAUCUAAAUAGUUUCAUCCCCUAAACUAGCUUGGAACUGUUCAAAUCAGCAUGGUGGAUAUUAUACUCACACUUCCCUUACCAUCCUCUCUGCUUCAUUUCAAUUAUUUCAGGAAAUUUUUAUUAAAAUAAAUGGGAGACUAGCUUACAGCAAAGAACCAGCCUUCACGAUUUUUAUUUCCAAUAUCAUUUUUCAGCUCUAAAGGUCUUUUUAAAAAUGAGGAGUAGUUUCAGGCCAGCACUUUGUUUCCUGAAGUAUCCAACUUACAUCCCACCCCCAAAGAUAUGCAGGGACAGCAAGUGGCAACCUAUAGUUGGCAAAUUGGUGUUUUAUAGAAUACCACAUUCCUGUUGUCAACCAUAUAACAUACUCUCAAGCAACUCUAAAUGAGCCUUAACUCUGCUUUCAGCAGUUUAUAUUUUCUCAAACACAGCUACCC